AUGGAGAAGGAAUUCUAUGUCUCGUUACCGCACAAUGUGAUCCAGUUCGUGAAGGAUAAUGCAGAGGACUACUCCCUAUUCAUACUACUCGCCAUCCUUGUGUUCUCAUGUCUCUCAACCCGGACCAUCACUGGGUUGCAGAGUAAACCGCAGGAAUCAGGGGGCGGUGAGCCGCAUCGUGUACGCAAGCUUCCAUACUGGAUCCCAAUACUGGGACACGCAUUGUCAUACCUGUGGGAUCAUCGAGACUUUUUGCUCAAAGCUAAGAAGACUAUGAAAGAACCUGUUGUGGCACUGCAAAUGGGGCUGCACACGCAGCAUUUUGUGUAUUCUCCUGAUAUGGUUCGCACCCUUCUCCGCUCAAGCGAAACUCGUUCUGGCGUAUAUUUCAAGAGAGUCAUGGAGAACUUUGUUGGUGAUCCUGGAGCAUUCCGCAAGCUGUCACCGCAGGCUCUAGUAUCAAUCAAUCGUACACUGUUACCUCUGACUGAAGAACAAUACCUAGCAAAGCUAUCCUUAGCUUUGACUCGAGUUUUGGAGAGAGAGACAUCGGACUUUGUCACUUUCAACCGUAGCAUCGUCGACCAAAGCGUCUGGGAACGCAAUGGUGUUGUUACAUUAGAAGACGUCGAUAGCAGUACUGGGGGCAACAGCGACUCGAUAAGCUGUCGAGUCAACCUCUUUGCACUGACAAGAAGCUUUGCUACCUAUAUAAUCACCAAUGUUUUUAUGGGCCAAGCACUUUUAGACUUUCAUCCUGAGAUUCUAGAUGACUUGUGGAGGUGGGAUUGUGGGUACGUGCCGUUGAUAGCUGGAGCUCCACGCUGGAUCCCUUCGCCUGGCAUUUCGAGCGCAUACGCAGCUCGGGACCGCGUGCAAAAGACCAUUUCAGUGAUUCAAGCCUCAUUUUCAGCCCUGGAAGAUGGCCGGAAUGCUCCCUUGGAGUUCCGAGAUUUGGACGACGUCUCGGAGCUGAUGCAGAAGCGAAUGCGAUUUUGGAGAACAUCAGGAAUCUCAUCCUCGCUCGGCAAUCGACUGGACAGCUGGUUACUGUGGAAAAUAACAAUGGAUUCUUCAAAACUUAUCUUUUGGAAUCUUAUCCGUGUAUUUUCCGAUCCAGACCUGCUAUCUAAUGUGCGAGCAGAAAUCGCGCCACAUGUGCAAGUUAUCCGUUCCGAUCCAAAAGAAACAGGGCUGCCAUUCGUGGAGCCGCCGAGAAUCUCCAUCGACGCUGGGAAGCUGUUUACAAGCUGUCCAUUAUUAAAAGCAACGUAUGCUGAGACGAUACGACUAGAUUCGAAUCCAAUCUCAUAUCGGCAACUCACCGUCAAUCUAGACCUGGCAGAAUCAGACGAAGACGCGACUCUUCGUGGUAGCGGGAAACAACCGCGAUCCUACAAGUUCUUCAAAGGAGACAUUCUAGGCUUAGCUAGUGGCGCUCAUCACAUCGAUCCCACAUACUAUCCUGAUCCCAAGUCCUUCAAUCCCGAGCGCUUCCUUGUUUCGAACCCAGACAACGACAGCAGCAGCAAAGACAAAUCAGAACAAUCAUCUUCUUUUGAUUGGAAAAAUGUUUUACCGUUUGCUGGGGAUAAGACUUUCAGUCAGCUCACCGAAAGGCAAGUCUUGUUGAUCACAGCAGCAAUAAUUUCUCUAUGGGAUAUUGAACCAGCAAGUCACUCGGAGAACAAGAGCGAGUUCAAAAUUCCGAGUCAUAGGAUUUCUGCCAAUACCUAUAUGCCUUCUACUGAUGUGGGGGCUCGAUUGAGACGGCGUCUCAUAAAUCCGAGCCACGAAACUCUAUAA